AGAAAGAGGAGAGUGAGGGAGAAGUGGAAAAUGCCUGAGCAUCCUCAUCACCCCGUCAGAACAUGGGAGGAGGAGGGGAGAAAAAUCCCGGAGUUGACGCCCUGCUCCGACUGAAUGAGCUGAAUGAGCAGCGCGGCUCCUCUGCUACAUUCAUCCCUCCGCCUUCCAUCCCCGCUGGGCAUCACGCAGGAGGACGCUCAGCCGCCCCGGCUCCGGAGCGGCGGAGACUCAGGUGCAGAUCAGCUGAUUCCUGAGUGAAUUUAAGAUGCAUCAGGGUACCUGGAAGAGGACUUUCUCUGGGCACGUGGGAAAGCUUCGUAGCUAAAGUUGGCGCUUCUGCUGGCUGGAUUUGAAUGUAAGGUUUCUCCUUUAUGGUGGCAGCUUGUGUCUGUUGGCAUCAUGGGAUGUACCACCAGCGUGGUUCUGCUGAAGGGACUGCAGUCCAUCCUUGAGAGGAACUGUGGCUACAUGAAGGGGGCGGUGGAGCUCGCUGCUCUGGAGGAGGGAGAGGAAACUCUGAGUCUGGCUGACUCUCAUGUGUGGAUACCCACCACUGCGCUGGUGAAACCCAAAGUCAUUGAGCCAUUGGACUAUGAGAACGUUGUCCUCCAGAGAAAAACCCAGAUCGUCAGCGAUGCUCUGCGUGACAUGCUGCAGUUCCCCACGGAUGACUUCCAGAUCUCCACCCUGCGGCGCCAGGGCCGAACUUUGUUCUCCACCGUGCCAGAGACUGCUGAGAAAGAAGCUCAGUCUCUGUUUGUCCAGGAGUGCAUCAAGACCUACAAGUCUGACUGGCAUGUGGUCAACUACAAAUAUGAGGAGUAUUCUGGAGACUUCCGUCAGCUCCCAAAUAAGGUGGCGAGGCCGGAGAAACUCACGCCCCACCUGUUUGAGGUGGAUGAAGAUGUGGAAAAAGACGAGGACACCACUUCUCUUGGAUCCCAGAAGGGAGGAGUGUCGAAGCACAGCUGGCUGUACAAAGGCAACAUGAACAGUGCAAUCAGUGUAACCAUGAGGUCCUUCAAGAGGAGGUACUUCCAUUUGGCUCAGCUGGGUGAUGGAUCCUAUAAUCUCAAUUUCUACAAAGAUGAGAACACCUCCAAGGAACCCAAAGGAACCAUCUUCCUGGACUCGUGCAUGGGGGUGGUUCAGAACAGCAAAGUGCGGCGCUUUGCCUUCGAGCUGAAGAUGCAGGACAAGAGCACGUUCCUGCUGGCUGCAGACAGCGAGGCGGAGAUGGAGGAGUGGAUCAGCACCCUCAACAAGAUCCUGCACAGCAGCUUCGAGCAGGCCAUGCAGGAGAAGAGGAACGGAGACCUGCACGAGGACGAAGAACAUGGAAAAACAGACCUGUCUUCCGGAGGAUUUCAGGACACCUUUCAGGCCCCCAGGGACAUGGAAGCUAAAAGACAGAGUGAAGCGCGGCUAAAGCUGUUCACGCUGGAUCCUGACACACAGAAACUCGACUUCUCGGGCAUCGAACCGGACGUGCGGCAGUUCGAGGAGAAGUUUGGGAAGAGGAUCCUCGUCAGCUGCCACAGCCUGUCCUUCAACCUGCAGGGUUGUGUGGCGGAGAACGAAGAGGGGCCGCUGACCAACGUGGAGCCUUUCUACGUGGUCCUGUCCCUCUUUGACGUCCAGAACGGUCGGAAGAUUUCAGCGGACUUCCACGUGGAUCUGAACCCCCCUUCGGUGCGACAGAUGACCCCCGGUAGCGGCAGCGGGCCGGACCAGAUCAACGGCAGCAGCGACGGCCCCCCGGGGAGCCUCAGGCUGCCUGCUGAGCUCCAUGAAGAAGCCCUCAAAUGCCCCAGGCAGGGCGUGUUCUCCGUCACCUGCCCCCAUCCAGAGAUCUUCCUGGUGGCCAGGAUUGAGAAGGUCCUCCAGGGCGGGAUCACCCACUGCACCGAGCCCUACAUGAAAAGCUCCGACUCCACUAAGAUAGCUCAGAAGGUGCUGAAGAAUGCCAAGAUGGCUUGCAGCAGACUGGGACAGUACAGGAUGCCGUUUGCCUGGGCUGCAAGGCCGGUGUUCCGAGACGCUUCAGGGACGCUGGACAAGAACACGCGCUUCGCAGCGCUUUACAGACAGGACAGCAGCAAGCUGUCGGACGAGGACAUGUUCAAACUGCUCACCGACUUCAGAAAACCAGAGAAAAUGGCCAAACUCCCGGUGCUCUUGGGAAAUUUAGACGUAGCUAUUGACAGCGUGGCCCCGGAUGCAACCAAUUGUUUCACAUCGUCCUACAUCCCUGUGAAGAACUUUGAGGCCAACGGUCCGGGCAGCGCCCUGCUGGAGGUGGAGGAGUUUGUGCCGUGCAUCGCUAAGUGCUCGCAGCCGUUCACCAGCUACAAGAACCACCUGUACGUCUACCCCAAGCAUCUGAAAUACGACGGGCAGAAGUCUUUUGCCAAGGCCAGGAAUAUUGCUGUCUGCAUUGAAUUCAAGGAUUCGGACGAGGACGGAGCCCAGCCGCUCAAGUGCAUCUACGGCCGUCCAGGCCGGCCGCUCUUCACCAAGCAGGCGUACGCCGCCGUCCUGCACCACCAGCAGAACCCCGAGUUCUACGACGAGAUAAAGAUAGAGCUGCCGACCCAGCUGCAGGAGAAGCAUCACCUCCUCUUCACCUUCUACCACGUCAGCUGCGACAGCAACAGCAAGAAGAAGGACAUGGUGGAGUCUCCCGUGGGUUCGGCCUGGCUGCCUCUGCUGAGGGACGGGGGCCGGGUGGUCCUGAACGAGCAGCAGCUGCCGGUGGCUGCCGGUCUGCCCCCCGGGUACCUGGGUUCCCAGGACGGCCCCAACAAGUCCGGUGUGGAGAUUAAAUGGGUGGAUGGAGGAAAACCCCUUUUCACAGUCUCCACCCACCUCGUUUCCACGGUUUACACUCAGGAUCAGCAUUUGCACAACUUCUUCCACCACUGGCAAAGCAUGGAAACCUCGGAGCAAGCUGCAGAGGGCGAGCUGGUCAAAUACCUGAAGAGUCUUCAUGCUAUGGAAGGUCAUGUGAUGGUCAACUUCCUGCCCACCGUGCUCAACCAGCUGUUCUGUGUCCUGACCAGAGCCAGGCACGAGGACGUGGCCGUCAACGUCACCAGGGUAAUGGUCCAUGUGGUGGCGCAGUGUCACGAAGAGGGGCUGGAGCACUACCUGAGAUCUUACGUCAAGUUUGUGCUCAGGCCCGAGCCGUAUUCCUCCGUCUGCGUGAAGACGGUUCACGAGGAGCUGGCCAAGGCCAUGACGGCGAUCCUCCGGCCGUCCACGGACUUCCUAACCAGCAACAAGCUGCUGAAGUAUUCGUGGUACUUUUUCGAAGCGCUGGUGAAGUCCAUGGCUCACUAUCUGAUAGAGAGCGGGAAGGUGAAACUCUCCAGGAACCAGCGGCUGUCUGCGUCCUUCUACCAGGCCGUGGAGACCCUGGUCGGUAUGCUGAUGCCGCACAUCACCCAGAAGUACAAGGACAACCUGGACGCGUCCCGCAACGCCAACCACAGCCUGGCCGUCUUCGUCAAGCGCUGCUUCACCUUCAUGGACAGAGGCUUCGUCUUCAAGCAGAUCAACAACUACAUGAACUGCUUCCUGCCUGGAGAUCCCAAGACCUUGUAUGAAUUUAAAUUUGAGUUCCUGCGCGUGGUCUGCAGCCACGAGCAUUACGUGCCUCUCAAUCUUCCCAUGCCCUUCGGUAAAGGCCGGAUACAGAGAUUUCAAGACCUCCAGCUGGACUACUCUCUGACCGACGACUUCUGCCGGAACCACUUCCUGGUGGGGCUGCUGCUGCGGGAGGUGGGGGGGGCGCUGCGGGAGCACAGGGAGGUCCGACACAUCGCCAUCCAGGUGCUCAAGGGGCUGAUGAUCAAGCACACGUUUGACGAGCGCUACGCUGCAAAAAGCCAACAGGCCCGGCUGGCCACGCUCUACCUCCCUCUGUUCGGCCUCCUCCUGGAGAACGUCUACAGACUGAACAGCAAGGAGCCAAACCCUGGCAGCAACCACAACAACCUGAGGGAGGACGCUCUGCUGCCCAACAACACGGUGACGCCGCAGAAACCUGGAAACUGCCUGGACAAUGCUCUGCACAAAGAUGUGUUUGGAGUCAUCUCUGGAACAGCCUCCCCCCACACCUCCACCCCCAACAUGAGCUCGGUCCAGCAUGCAGACUCCAGGGGCUCCCUGGCCUCCAACGACUCUGGAAACAGCCUUCUGGACAAGAGCAGUGACAAACUCAACUUACUGGAGAAGAACCAGUCCGGGCCGGCGCUCGGCAGCGCCGGGUUCUGCUGCGAUAAGCUGGACCGAGACGAGAUCAAAAACCUGCUCAUGUGUCUCCUGCACAUCCUCAAGAGCAUGUCGGAGGAGGCUUUGUUCACGUACUGGAACAAGGCCACUCCCUCAGAGCUCAUGGACUUCUUCACGUUGAUAGAAGUCUGCCUUCAUCAGUUCAGAUACAUGGGAAAGAGAUUCAUCGCCAGGAGCCAGGAGGGUCCAGGACCCGUAGCUGCAGACAGGAAGUCCUUGACUCUGCCUGUGUCUCGUAACAGGGCAGGGAUUCUGCACGCCCGCCUGCAGCAGCUGGGGGCUCUGGAGAACGCUCACACCUUCAAUAACGUGUUCUCCCAUACGGACGCAGACGUGAGCAGCCAGUGCCUGCUGGAGGCCAACGUGUCCACAGAGGUCUGUCUGACGGUGCUGGACACACUCAGCAUCUUCAUCAUGGGAUUCAAGACGCAGCUGAACUCAGAUCUGGGUCACAAUCCCCUGAUGAAGAAGGUUUUCCAGGUGCACUUGUGCUUCCUGCAGAUCCCUCAGUCAGAGUUCGCCCUCAAACAGGUCUUCACCUCGCUCAGGACCUUCAUUUACAAGUUCCCCUGCACCUUCUUCGACGGCCGGGCCGACAUGUGUGCCUCUCUCUGCUACGAGAUCCUCAAGUGCUGCAACUCCAAGCUGAGCUCCAUCCGCAGCGACGCCGCCCACCUGCUCUACUUCCUCAUGAAGAGCAACUUCGACUACACGGGCCGCAGGUCUUUUGUGCGAACACACCUGCAGGUGGUGAUUGCUGUCAGUCAGCUGAUCGCUGAUGUCAUCGGCAUCGGGGGAACCCGUUUCCAGCAGUCUCUCUCCAUCAUCAACAACUGUGCCAACAGCGACAAGUUUAUAAAGCACACGGCGUUUCCCUCAGACGUGAAGGACCUGACCAAGCGCAUCAGGACCGUGCUCAUGGCCACGGAGCAGAUGAAGGAGCACGAGAACGACCCGGAGAUGCUGGUGGAUCUGCAGUACAGCCUGGCCAAGUCCUACACCAGCACCCCCGAGCUGCGCAAGACCUGGCUGGACAGCAUGGCCCGCAUCCACCACAAGAACGCCGACCUCUCCGAGGCAGCCAUGUGUUACGUCCAUGUAGCUGCUCUGGUGGCUGAAUACCUGUGGAGGAAAGGGAUGUUCAGGCAGGGCUGCUCCACUUUCCGGGUCAUCACUCCCAACAUCGACGAGGAGGCGGCCAUGAUGGAGGACACGGGGAUGCAGGACGUUCACUUCAACGAGGAAGUCCUGAUGGAGCUGCUGGAGGAGUGUGCCGACGGCCUUUGGAAAGCAGAGCGUUACGAGCUCAUUGCUGAUGUGUACAAGCUCAUCAUCCCCAUCUACGAGCAGCGCAGGGACUUCGAGAAACUGACGCAUCUGUAUGAUACGCUCCACCGUGCCUACACCAAGGUGAUGGAGGUGAUGCAUUCUGGGAAGAGGCUGCUGGGUACAUACUUCAGGGUGGCCUUCUUCGGACAGGGCUUCUUCGAGGACGAGGAUGGAAAAGAAUACAUCUACAAGGAGCCCAAGUUCACGCCCCUGUCGGAGAUUUCCCAGAGACUUCUGAAGCUUUACUCCGACAAGUUCGGCCAGGAAAACGUCAAGAUCAUCCAGGACUCCGGCAAGGUGAACCCGAAGGACCUGGACUCCAAGUAUGCGUACAUCCAGGUGACUCACGUCACGCCGCACCUGGACGACAAGGAGCUGGAGGACCGCAGGACCGACUUUGAGAAGAGCCACAACAUCCGGCGCUUCGUGUUCGAGACGCCGUUCACCGUGUCGGGCAAGAAGCAGGGCGGCGUGGAGGAGCAGUGCAAACGCCGGACCGUCCUCACCACCACCCACUGCUUCCCCUACGUGAAGAAGCGUAUCGCCGUCAUGUACCAGCACCAGAGCGACCUGAGCCCCAUCGAGGUGGCCAUCGAAGAACUGAGCAGCAAGGUGGCGGAGCUGCGGCUGCUGUGCUCGGCGGCCGACGUGGACAUGAUCCGCCUGCAGCUCAAGCUGCAGGGCAGCGUCAGCGUUCAGGUGAACGCAGGUCCUCUCGCGUACGCCAGAGCCUUCCUAGAUGACAGCAGUGCCAAGAAAUAUCCUGACAACAAGGUCAAGCAGCUGAAGGAGGUGUUCAGGCAGUUUGCGGAUGCCUGCGGCCACGCGCUGGGCGUGAACGACCGGCUCAUCAAAGAAGACCAGCAGGAGUAUCAGGAUGAGAUGAAGGCCAACUACAGGGACCUGACCAAGGAGCUCUCCAGCAUCAUGCACGAGCAGAUCAACCCGGUGGAGGACGGAGCGAGGACGACGCUGUCCCACUCUCUGGGCAUCUUCAACGCCAUCAGCGGCUCGCCGAGUGCCAACCCUCACGGCUCCAGCACCAUUCUCUAACGGGGCGCUUCACGCCCGACUCAGGCCUCCCUCGCCGCCAACGCCGGGUCCAAACCCGCAGGGGCCGCUAGGAUCCAUUUAAACAAUCUAACGCAACCUAAUACUGUCUUUCUUUUUCCUUUUUCUGUGCACGUCAUCCGCUGAAAAAUCCGACAUUCUGCUUCCUCCUCGCCUUUAUUCUUGUUUCCUAUGGAGACUUUGAUUCAUGUAAUUAAUUUUUAAUCUUUGAUGACUGUUACAAUAUCAUUCGUCCUCGAGAGGUUGGAACGUGAGGAGUCAACAAUCAAACGCCCGCUUGGCGUUAUCUUGCUGGUGUGUCUGAAAGGCUCCCGGGGUCGGAACCGCUGCAGGGAACCGGUCCCAAGUCUACACCUUAUCUGUUCGGGCUGUUGGGCUCCCGUUCCAGUAGAGUUGUUGUGAGAGCAAGGGCGUCAAUUCAGUAUGGCAAGGUACAGUACGGCAGCCGCCACACCUUUG